AUGCUGUGGCGCUACAGAAACCACCCUCCAACAUCUGCCACCACCCAACAUCUGCCACCUCUCAAUAUCAGCUACCUUCCAACAUCUGCUACCUUGCAACAUCCGUUACCUUACAACAUCACCUACCUCCAUCUUCCAACAUCCCCCACCUCCCAACAUCCACUACCGUCCAGCAUUACCCACCUCCCAUCCUCCGCUACCAUCCAACAUUACCCACCUCCCAACAUCCGCCACCUUUAUCACCCAACAUCCGCCAUCUCCAUCUCCCAGCAUCCCCAGCUAUCUCCCAACAUCCGCCACCUCCGAACAUCCGCCAUCUCCCAACAUCCGCCACCUCCCAACAUCCGGCACCUCCCAACAGCCACCAUAUCCAAACAUCUGCCACUUCCCAACAUCCGCCGCCUCCAUCUCCCCAACAUCCGCCACCUCCCAACAGCCGCCACUUCCACUUCCAACGUUGCCGAGUCCUCGUCACUGGCGGCUGACUGGCAGCAGUAG